ACUGACCUCAAUCAUCUUCUGUGAUUCGUACAAAAACUAACCACCCAGAGCUUUAGGUCCAGCAGAUCAUUCACUAUGGACAUAUCAAGAAGAAGACACACGCAUCAAUACCAUGGAAAGUCCCAUGUUGCAGCAGAAUGUGGGACGACUCUGUUUUCGACGUGUUCAUCCUCUGCCUCGGCGACGGCAUCAUUGGUUCAGCAAAGGCGCCGGUGGGCGAACAUGCCACCUGAGCUGCUUCAUGAUAUAAUCCAACGCGUGGAAGCGAGCCAGACCACCUGGCCUACCCGCAGGGACGUUGUCGCUUGUGCGUUGGUUUGCCGGUCAUGGAGGAAGAUCACCAAGGAGAUCGUCAAGACUCCCGAGCAAUGUAGGUCGCUCACCUUCCCUAUCUCACUCAAGCAGCCGGGGCCAAGAGACGCUCCAAUCCAGUGCUUUAUUAGAAGGGAAAGGGCGACUUCUACCUUUCAUCUGUAUCUUGGUCUGAGCCCUGCUCUGUUUGGGGGUACGAGUAAAUUGUUGUUGGCAGCAAGAAAGAUCAGAAGGGCAACAAGUACAGAUUUUGUGAUAUCCUUGGUGGCAGAUGAUUUCUCUCGAGCAAGCAAUACCUAUGUUGGAAAGCUGAGGUCUAAUUUCUUGGGAACCAAGUUUACCGUCUAUGACAGUCAGCCUCGACAGGACACAUCAAUCCAACCAAAUUGUAAGUCGCAUAGAAGAAUCUACCCAAAACAGUUGUCUCCAAGGGUAUCUGUUUGUAACUACAGUGUGGCCACCAUUUCUUAUGAGCUCAACGUUUUCCGUACCAGAGGUCCAAGGAGAAUGCAAUGCACCAUUCACUCAAUCCCCAUCUCUGCAAUUCAAGAAGGUGGCACUGCCCCUACUCCAAUGGAGUUCACGAAUUUCCAUGAAUCAACCCCAAGCACAAGCGAUCAUCCUCUGAUUCUGAAAAACAAAGCUCCUAGAUGGCAUGAGCAGCUGCAGUGUUGGUGCCUAAAUUUCAAAGGACGUGUUACAGUAGCCUCCGUGAAGAAUUUCCUGCUGGUGGCAGCUGCAGAGCCUUACCAGUAUGUUUCAGUGACAGAACAGGAUAAAGUAAUUCUACAAUUUGGUAAAAUUGGGAAAGACAUUUUUACCAUGGAUUACCGAUAUCCUCUCUCUGCCUUCCAAGCCUUCGCAAUCUGCUUGAGCAGCUUUGACACUAAACCGGCUUGUGAAUGAUCAGUUUCCUUCUUCUUCUUCUUCUUCUUCUUUUCACAGUGGCCUAUUAUCAUGCUAGUCUUCCCUGAAGUUAAUUGUAAAUAUUCUCUAAAGGAAGAACCUUAGGUUUUACCUUAUUGGCGAUAACUGCAAAAAUAUUUAGCUGUAGAAAGGUAGCUCUAUGUCUCUGUCCCCAAACAUGUAACUUGAUCACUUGUAGGGAA